CCUCGUCUGGGCUAAAAACACAAAUGUCUUUCUAGCUGGAUUUUGAUUGCACAAAUAAUCAAGCAGAAUAUGAAGCUUUGAUUAUUGGUCUUGAGAUGUUGGUGGAGCUUAAAGUACCCAUGGUUGAGGUUAUAGGGGACUCACAGUUAGUCUUGAAGCAAUUGUUUGGUGAGUACAAAUGUACUAGCUUUGCUUUAGCCCCUUAUUUUGCCUUAGCUGUGCAAUUGCUGGAAGAGUUUGAUGAUGUGUCCAUCAGACACGUGUCUAGAGACCAGAACUACGAAGCUAAUGAAAUGGCCCAGAUUGCUUCAGGUCUACGAAUUCCAAAAGGUGUAAUGCAGAAAGUUGUAAUAGUUGAAAAACGCAGUCUGCCAUCAAUUCAUCAACGUGGCAUGACUGUUUCCACUUGCAGCAUUGAUGUUACCCAGACGGACUGGCGCUUUCCAAUUAUUCAGUACCUUAAGGAUCAAAGCAUUAAGGUAUCAAGGAAAACCAAAAUGCAAGCUCUCAAUUAUGUCUUGAUUGAGGAUGUACUUUAUAGGAGAGGUAAUGAUGAACUACUGCUGCGUUGUCUGGGUCCAGAUGAAAGUUUCCAGAUGCUGUCUGAUGUCCAUGAUGGGAUUUGUGGUGAACACCAGGCUGGAAUCAAGAUGCGUUGGUUAAUUCACAGACAUGGCUUCUUCUGGCCGUCUAUCUUGAAAAACUGUAUUGCUUAUGCUAAGGGCUGCAAAUCUUGUCAGAUCCAUGGGCCACUUCAAAGAGUUUCAGCCUCUGAACUUAAUUCUAUUGUGAAACCAUGGCCAGUUGGAGGCUGGACUAUUGACUUAAUUGGUAAGGUGUAUCCCCCUUCAUCAAAAAGAUUUGGUCUACCAGAAACAAUUACAACAGACCAAGGCACAGUUUUUGUCAACCAUCAAGUGGAGGCAUUUGCAAAGGAAAUGGGUUUCCGUUUGUUAAAUUCUACUCCUCAUUAUGCACAAGCUAAUGGAACUUCACAAAGGAGUUCAACCAAAAUGACACCUUUUGCCUUGACAUAUGGCCAUGACGUAGUCUUGCCAAUGGAGCUAACAGCCAGGUCUUUAAGAGUGGUGAUUCAGCAUAAUCUCCAGUCUGGAGAGUACGAUGAGGCUAUGAUGCUUGAGCUUGAAGACCUUGAAGACUCACGUUUGACAGCCUUGGAUAGAUUGCAAGCUCAGAAACUCAAAAUUGCAAAGUCUUACAACAAGAGAGUAAAAGGUAAAAUUCUGGCGGUUGGUGAUUUGGUCUGGAAAGCAAUUUUACCUCUUGACAAGAAAGAUCACAGAUUUGGGAUAUGUUCUCCAAAUUGGGAAGGACCAUUCCGAAUUCAUGAAGUGUUGAGAGGGGGUGCUUAUUGGUUAGGGUCACUUGAUGGAGAGCUUCAUCCUAGAAAAAUCAAUGGAAUUUAUCUCAAGCCUUAUUAUCCCACAGUCUGGGAGGCAAGAGGCUUAGAGUCCCAAGAAGCUGUUUGAGCCAGGUUCAUACUUCUGUCUGUGCAUAAAUAAGUUGAUUUGCU